UGCUCAAUUUAAACGCCUCACAGACAGGCUGACUGGAUAUUUCUAAGGUUUUUCUGCCUCUGAUCGCGUUUGCACUGACUCGUCAACAUGCUGUGUGGAGGCACAUCACCAACAGCGAAGGACGCCACGGCCGAAAUUCAGGAGAUGUGUAAUAAGAUGAAGACUCAAGUGGAGCAGAAAGCAGGGAAGACCUAUGAGACCUUCACCGCCAAGAGCUACAAGAGUCAGGUUGUAGCGGGGACCAACUUCUUCAUCAAGGUCCAUGUCGGAGGCGAUGAGCAUAUCCACAUCCGUGUUUACAAGAAACUCCCGUGCCACGGAGAGGAAUGUGAGGUGACCAGUGUUCAGCUCUCCAAGAGCCACCAUGACCCCAUUGAGUACUUCUAAACAACGGGCUCUCCAAACAUCCCUCCAGUGCCUGCAGAUUGCAUCCUCCGUCUAAUCUUCCCCAGUCACGUCAUUGUUCUGCUCUCAUACUGUAGUAACUGACCGUGUGGUGUGGAUCAUGAAUGAAAUCUGUUACGGAAAUCAUUUUGUACCAUAAGUUUGAAUAAACGAGUGAAAAUUGAA